AUGGCUGUGUUAUUUUUGGCUGAAAUAUUGAUGAGCAUUCGUUACGAUGCCAAUGAUAUUUUAAUUUGGCGCAGAGCUAGAGAUAUUGUGAUGAUAGUAACUCCAAGAGGUACUCAAAAAGUGAGAAUCGGAUCCCUGCUCACGGAUUACCAACAAACACUUCCGAAUAAUUAUCCUCUUAAAGCCCACAUACUUGUGGCUGCAAUCAAGACUAGUACUUCACAAAGACUCUAG